AUGGCAUCUGAAGAACUAGCUAGGAAGCUGCAGUCACGGCUGGCAGCUACGCAGCAGGGGGAGGCGACGCCGAAGCCCGAACAGAGGUCAGUCCGACCUAAACUGCAGGAGCCCGAUGCAGCCUGCGGCAACUCGUCCUCCGAGCUGUCCGCCAAACUGACCCGCAGGCUGGACAUCAACGAGGGCAACGCUGCUCCUCGACCGACCCGCGUCUUCAACCCCUACACGGAGUUCAAGGAAUUCUCCCGCAAGCAGAUUAAGGACAUGGAGACGAUGUUCAAACGGUAUGACACUGGUAAAGAUGGUUUCAUUGACCUGAUGGAACUGAAGCUGAUGAUGGAGAAGCUGGGAGCACCACAGACCCACCUGGGCCUCAAGAACAUGAUCAAAGAGGUGGACGAAGACUUUGAUGGCAAACUGAGCUUCAGAGAGUUCCUGCUGAUCUUCCGGAGAGCAGCGGCUGGGGAACUGCAGGAGGAGAGUGGUCUGAUGGCCCUGGCCAGACUGUCUAAUAUCAAUGUCUCUACAGAGGGAGUAAUGGGGGCCAAAGACUUCUUUGAGGCAAAGAUGCAGGCCGUGUCUCUUGGCAGCAAGUUUGAGGCUGAGAUUCGAGAGGAAAAAGAAGAACAGAAGAGACAGGAAGUGGAGAAAAAACAGAGACAAGCUGCCUUCAAGCAGCUGCAGUCCACCUUCUGCUCAUGACCAAGCACCGAGGCAGAUAACUAUCCUACACAGUCAAUUUUACUCAGAUUUUAGAAAUAGCUUCACUCUCCACUUAUACAUUAACCAGUGCCAUCACUCAGAAUUUAGUACUUUUAUAACAACACUAGAAAGAUGCAGUAAAGUAAAUAGUCACUAAAAUAUUUGAAAAUACCUAGUAACACCACAGUUGGUUUAUUCAUACUAGAAUUUCUGCAACUGAACAGAUAUAGAAGGAAAUUCAUAAACAGAUACAGAUUUGUGCAUUUCUGUGGAUUUUUUUUGUCCCUCUGUAUAACAGACAUUUUCACCUUAAGGGAAUUUUAACUUUUACAGGCUAAGUGAAGUUGUAUUCAUUAUGUUCUGCAUACGUUUGUGAAACGUUUAAUUUCAUGUUAUAUUUUGGUCGUGGUUUGUGUCAUAUAAUGUUGUUUCAUUGUCACCUUGCUAUCAUUGUUACAAUUGGUGUAAUUCAAUGAACUCUGCAAUGUAAUAGAAGUAGUAUAUUAAUAAUAGUAUGAAUAACUGUGUCAUAAUGUCAUAGUGUGGAACAUCAAUCACAGUGUGGAAACAUUUGUUGGAGGCAAAUUAGGCUGUAUGCACCUUUCGCCACUGACUCUUGGCUCUGUUGACUAAUCCAACCCUCAAUCCAUCCUCAACCCUCAACAGGUCGUCCUGUGAUUGGCUUUUGUCUGUAAAUUUAAACAAGGACCAGCUUUUGAUGAUGGUUUGAUCCACUAAAAGUACGCUUUCUGGUGUUGUUAUUGUGCCCAACAUUCCCAGAUGACUGCUAAAGCUCAACUGUAAACUAAAAGUUUGAAAAUCAGGUAGGUUAUCUUUAAAGGAAUUUUGUUUUUUUUAUUUACUACCUAACAUAAAGCUAGCCUGCCAACACCUGUAAAGCUCACCAACAUGUUGUAUCUCAUUUGUUCAAUACAUAGGCAGAAAUUUAAAAAUAGCUUGUGAUUUUAGUUGCACAUACUUUCUUGAUGAACAGUGGUUUCACAUCUGUAAUUAUAUGGCAUGUUAACCCUCAGUCUUUAUGCUGGAC